ACUCGAGCGCAGAAUCUCCAUCAUCACAGCCGGCAAAACUCACCCGCAAACAUCAAACCUCGCCCGGAGCAUACGCUGAUCCUCCAGCGGCCCCUCCGAGGACUCUCCCACCCUCAGUGUUUUGUGGAGGAUCUUCGCCCUGAUGGCCGCCGCAGUGCCCAGGCUGACCAGCGGUGGCGCUGUCCGCAUCCGCAUCAGGUGUGGCGAACUGGGGACCACCAAGUGGAGAGAGGGGGUAAUUGAGAUCCAGGAGAGAGACAACAAAAUCAACCUGCUGGUCAAGUUCAACAGCGGAGGAGCUCCGAGGGUUUUUCAGCUGAGUCACAAUGUGAAGAGUGUUUCGUGGUUUCAAACGCACGGGCCGAACCGCAUGACACUGACUCUGAAAGACUCCUGCAUCGUCAUGAUGGACAAGCUCAACAUGCUGGUCGCCAAAAAGAUGAAGGAAUAUCUAGAAACGGUGAAGCUUGGUAAACCUGCAGUUUUUAAGACGAACCAGGGCAGUGCUAGUUUUGGGCUGGUUCUUGGAAAUCGAACAGCACAGAACGACUCAGGCCUUUCUCCGUCAGAUAAACAGAGUGCUCCCAGGCGUUCCAGUCUGGACAGCAGAGAGGACAGCACCCCCCGAAAGCCCCUGGGUAGCCCAAGCCGGGUCACGUCCACACCGGCCCGCGGCAGCCUCUCGGAGAUCAGGAGUGAGAAGAGGAAGAGGCUGAUGAACUCUGACGGAGACCUGACGGAGGACUAUCCCAAAGAGAACGACUCUUCCAGCAACAAUAAGGCCAUCACAGACUCCUCCAGAAAGUUCCUGCUCAGCUGCAAAGACAAGCUCAAGCAGUCGGAGGAGAACAGAGCCUCUGCUCCACACACUCCUGCUCCUCUCCAGCCCACGUCUUUCUAUGGGAGCCGAACAGGGGCUAAAGACUACACGCAAACGCAUUCAUUUCUGGACAGGCCCAGCAGUACAGGUUCAUGUCCAUCAGCCAAAAGAAGCCUAGUUUUGCCCAAUCACUCCACGCCCUUUAAAAAGGUUCGUCCCACGCUGGAUUACGGAGGCUGGAACAAACCCAGACCCUCAGUGCUGGCCCAGCCUCAGCCUCCACUGCAAGGAUUCUCCAAUCUUGGGAACACGUGCUACAUGAACGCCAUCCUCCAGUCUCUCUUCAGCCUGCCCUCCUUUUCCAAUGACCUGUUGAAGCAGGGCAUCCCGUGGAAGAGGGUUCCCAUUAACGCCCUUCUCAGGCGAUUUGCUCAUCUGCUGGCAAAGAAAGACAUUUCCCCUCCAGAGGUCAAGAAAGAUCUUCUGCGGCGAGUGAAGAACGCCAUUUCUUCAACAGCGGAGCGAUUCUCUGGAUACAUGCAGAACGAUGCUCAUGAGUUUCUGAGUCAGUGUCUGGACCAGCUGAAGGAGGAUGUGGAGAAGAUCAACAAGAGCUGGAAGAACGAGCCGUCGGCAUGGGACGAGCCUCAGAGCACGCGGUUAGCAGACGAGGUGGACACGUCACGCAUCUACACCUGUCCUGUCACUGUCAACAUGGAGUUUGAGGUGCAGCACACCAUCACCUGCAAAAGCUGUGGAGAGGUGGUGCUGAAGCGGGAACAGUUCAAUGAUCUGUCCAUCGACCUGCCACGCAGGAGGAAAACCCUCCCCAUGAGGUCUAUACAGGACUCUCUGGAUCUCUUCUUCAGGAUGGAGGAAAUCGAGUAUUCCUGUGAAAAGUGCAGCGGAAAAGCGGCGACUGUUUCUCACAAAUUUAGCAGACUUCCCAGGGUGUUGAUUCUUCACCUCAAACGCUACAGCUACAACACUCAGCUCUCCUUAAACAGCAAACUGGGCCAACAAGUGCUGAUCCCCAAAUACCUGACGCUGCUGUCCCACUGCACAGACGCCACCCGCAGCCCGCUCAGCCUGGGCUGGAGCGCACAGAACGCCCUAUCACGGACGCUAAAGAUCUCGCAGUCCGUCAACUCAUCAACACUGAGGAGAGCGUCCCAGAGGCCGGAGAGUUCAGGCAGUGUGCUGUGCGACUCUGACAGCGAUGAGGAGCUGGUCAGAAAAGUCGCUCGCAAACAUCAUCCAGACGACGACAGGGCAGACGAGCAGCAUCAUCCUCAUGCAGCAGUGGAGCAGUCGGAGUUUAAUGGUAUUAAUGAUGAGGAGAUGCUGGCGGCUGUGCUGGAGAUGAGCCGUCAUGACACCAGUCUCUGCGCAGGCCCAGAUGAAGAGCCCAGCAGCAGCCCAGACACCGGCUUCGGGGACGCAGACGCACACGACCUGACGCAACAUCUGGAGCUGCUGGAUGCAGAGAAACAGCCCACAGAUGCGCUGGAGUCUCUGGAUCUCACCAUGGAUGAGAAUAAGGAGAACCAGACGCCGGACGGGCUGCAGGGCGAGCUGGACUGGGUGCAGCAGUACAGUCUGGAGCAGGAGCGCGAGGAGCAGGAGCUGCAGCAGGCGCUCGCUCAGAGUCUGCAGGAGCAGGAGGCGAGAGAGAUGAGAGAAGAUGAUGAUCUGAAGAGGGCAACUGAACUCAGCCUGCAAGAGUUUAAUAACUCUCUGCCGGAGCUGCUGUGCUCUGAUGAGGACUCCGGGAAUGAGGACGGUCUGGAUAUGGAGUACAGCGAGGCGGAGGCCGAAGAGCUCAAGAAGAACGCAGAGACUGGAGAACUGCCCAACUCUUUCAGACUCAUCAGUGUGGUCAGUCACAUCGGCAGCAGCUCCUCUUCAGGACACUACAUCAGCGACGUCUACGACAUGAAGAAACAGUCCUGGUUGACAUAUAACGAUCUGGACGUGUCGCGCACGCAGGAGUCCACAGUCCAGAGAGAUCGAGACCGCAGCGGAUACAUCUUUUUCUACAUGCACAAAGAUGUGUUCGAGGAGCUGUCGGAGCUGGAGAAGGCCGGAGUGAACACAGAUGGAGGUCGGACGGUGCUACAGCCGCUAUAAAAUUCUCUCCAUGUGGAUCCUGAACUGAGCCGAGGGUAAACGCACACCCUCAUCAGUGCUACUGAAGAACACACACACACACACACUUCUGCUUCAGGCACUUUCCUCUUCUGUUUCCCCCCGUGAAGAACUGUAGACCCGCAGAUAUAGAUGUUUCUAGAGACUCCUAAAGGUACGAACUGUUUCUGGGGGAAGCGAUGGGAAAUAAAUAACAGAAAUAUGAUGAGUUUGGGUUAAAGAUUUGUCCUUCGGGCUUUAAUAUGAUGAAGUCCACUUUUUUUGGUAAACUUUUAUGCAUUAAGAAAUAUUUGAUGAGUUUGUUCCUGUUUUUUCUGUUUGUUUCUCUCUUUCCAGUCCACAGAUUUUAGAUUUUUCCUUUCUAAUCUAUUGCAUAUAAAGGUUUAUUCUUGUA